UUUCUGUUAUUCGAAAUUAUCUCUUGUGUGGACCGAUGAGAUUUUUAGUAGUCCGAAGAAUAUAAAACGCAACACAAACGUUUCCUUUCAAAUUUAUUUCAACUCUUAAUUUCUUUUACUUCUGUGGCGAUUGCAUCGCCGCAGACCCAGAAAUUAGAAAGACGCGACUCAACGUAUCAUGAUACACAUAUACACGCACAUAUACAUACGCGUACAUACGGGUACAGAGACAACAACUGAAGAAGGUAGACAACACGCGAGACGGAAAACGAGAAAACAAUAAUAGAGGAAGCCGUUACAGACAACCGUCGUAAUUUAUUAAAAUCAAGUAAAAGUUGUAUUUUGCUAUACGGAUUGCGCCGAUGCACAUGCACGUCAUAUUUAAAACCGCGAGUCAAAGUUUAGAGACAGUUAAGCGUAGCCCGCGGAAUGGAUAGGAGAGCGAAAGGUUUUCUCUCGGGAAGAUUUUGAAGUCUUCGAGAGAUUUCCAGGAGGACACAGAAGUCGAGACUGGCGAGCAAACAAGCAGAAAUUCAUUCGACCGGUAUAUCUCAGCGAGAGCGGGCGCGUUCAACGGGUGUAUUCGGAAUUGAGAUUUACAAUAAAUUUCGGACGGACUCUCAACGCAAAAUUAACAUUUUCUUCUUUUGUUACACCCGGACACAUUAUUCUCCUGACACACAAAACACAGAUAACCAAACUUCAAAUAGAUACGAUAAAAGUACAAGCUAUUUCUUUAAAUAAUGCGCGAUUUAAUCGCAAGUAAACCAUUUACAUUAGAUUAAACUCGCGACACCGCGAUUAAAGCCGCUUGUUGCAAACACUGAUCUGGAAGCUACAAAGUGACAAGGAGAUAUGCGACUUAAAUGUAAUAUCUGUUUCGCCACGUAUUAAUUCGCAUUAGUUUCUACUUUGUUUCUAGUUACCUGUUAAUUUUACGAGUGAGACAUACACGUUUGUGUGUGAUAAUGGUGAGAAUAAUGAUGGUAAAAGUGUUAAUGUUCCUUCUAUUCACAAACGAGGUGCUACAUAUUUUUGGAAGAUUGACCGUAAUACGUGUAGCGCAAUCUCAGACAGAGAGAAAAUUGACUUGUGUCUCCGAGGAUGACGGCGCAGCUCUUGUGUGGAACGAUGAGAUAUCAGAAACAUCAAUUAGGGAAUCGAACCCAAUGCGGUUUCACGAUGUAGAUGAAAGGCAAUCAGAUAAAGACAGUAUAGAUUGCAAAAUGGACGAAAACGAUGAUUGUUUGCAAUUCUGGAUUAGAGAAAACUGGAAUUUUAUAAAUUCCUUUAAAACACCAUUGGGUCCGGUAUUUGAUCGACGAUGGGAAGAUUUUCAGGAAUAUGAAAACUUUAACAUGGAAUAUGAUCAUGUACUAUUAGAAAAUACAACAGCGUUUUCCUUUUCGGUUCGUGGAUUGUCUAGCGAUUUGCAAAUAAUAUUUUGCAAUGGUGACGAUUAUACGAGAGAUUUUUGUUAUUGGAUCAUAAUAGGCGGUUGGGGCAAUAAGCGAUCCGUUGUACGCAGGUGCCCAAUAGGAGUGCCCAAACCUAGAAUGGAGGCUCAGGACGAGGAGUGCAGGACAGAUAAAGCUCCCUUCUCUCACAAUCCACUAUCAUUAACUGAAUGGAGAACUUUUCUCGUUAUGUGGAACAACACGAAUCGAAGCAUAUCACUUUACGAUCCUAGCAGUGAUAAUGUUUUUAUAAGAUACGAGGAUAUGAAACAGCCGAAAGAAAAAGUGGAAGGUAAACCAGUGACAAACUCAGGCAUUUUUUAUUAUUAUCACAUGUUUAUAAGAAGCGCCAACAUGAUGAUUUACCGAUUUCACAAAUAUUCCUUUCUGCAUACAACCGUCGCAGAUACAACUUUAACGAGUCCCACCUUUUCGUUUAAUAAUACGAUAUGUAUACAAAUAUUACUUGGCCUCUGUGUGGAAUGUGAAAUGGACAUAGUAUUAUAUGACAGAACAGGCAAUAUAGAGCUGAAAAGUUUUCUUGUAAAAGGUUCUUCGAAAGCUGCAAGUCACGGCUUACCUACAUGGCAAUUUAUUACAAUAAAACAUUCAACAACAAAUUAUGAUAGGGCGACAAUGAAAUUAACAUCUAAACUUAAUUCGCGCAGUUCUGAUCCAUUGUGGGCAGUAGCCAAUGUUCGUCAAUGUCCCAGAAGGAAUGUGUCGUUCAGGAAAAGUGUUCUGCUGUCUACUAGAUUAUCUACUUGGUACGAUUGGCCGAACGUGAUGUGUCAAAAAUUAUUUUACGAUAAUCCCUCUGUUGUGAACACUGUACCAGAUGCCACAUCAAAUGUGGAAUUGGAUGACGUAGUAUGUCCUGAAGGCCGAAUUGGACCCAAUUGUUUGCUUUAUUGCAAAAGUGAUGUAUAUAACCACACUUGCAAAGAACAUGUAAUUUGUUAUGAAAAGGAUGUACCUGUCCUCCAGGUUUCAGAGGAGAAAAUUGUGCUUUAUGUAACAUGCGAAAAAAACAGAUACGGUUAUGGCUGCAAUCAGAUGUGCGGUUCGUGCAACAAAUAUCGAAUGACUUCAUCACUUGAUACAUGUAAUAAAGUAACUGGAGCGUGUACUGCUGGAUGCACUUAUGAUCAAAAUAUACUUUAUAUACCACCUUUAUGUAAAAUGGAUAUAUCCAAGCCCGUCGCACCCACAAUUGAUACUGUAAGUAAUACAAAUAUACAGGUCAACGUUCCUGUAGAAUGGAAGGAUGAAUACAAAGCAUUACUAGAGUAUGCUUUUACCAUUUCGUCAAGUACAGGUAAUACUAAUUACACUGGUUGGAAGCGAGUAUUUCAGAAUAUGACAGAGUUGACGGAACGUUUUACGAAUUUAGAAUCCGGUGUCAUUUAUAACAUUGCAUGUAUAUUUCGUGUUUGUAAUCAGUAUGGUAACAUGUGUAGUAACAACAUACAGAGUAAUUGGCGAACGGCGGAGACUGUUUGCAAUCCAACCGACCUUAUGUUGGACUCUGAAGAACAUAGCUUGUCAAUUGAUUGGAAACUCGACCCAAAGCAACCGUUUCCAUGUCCGGCGAAUUGGUAUCGAAUAAUAGUACAAGUUACAGGCAAAAGCACACCAUUGUUAAAUACAACAGUUAAUCACUUUCCGUAUACAGUGUCGCAGAAAUUGCCAUCUUAUACUUCCUUUACGGUAACCAUAGUUCACGAAGAUAAAAAAAUAUUUUCCGACGACAUUCGUACACUCGAGGAAGCCCCAUCGAUUGUGUUAAAUGCUAGAAGCCUAAACGCAUUUGAUAGGAACGUUACUUUGGCAUGGACACCUCCAAAGGAACCAAAUGGAAUGAUAAAGCAGUAUGAAGUAACAUUACAGGUUAUGCAAUAUUAUGGCUGCAAAGAUUCUGUAGUUAAUCUAAAUAAUAUCAAAACUACAUAUUGGACAAGCAAUACAACAAUCUUAAUCCAAAAUUUGCAUCCGUUUGCAUUGUAUAAAGCACUGAUUGUAGCUCACAACACACGACAUGGCAGCGACCCCGUAUCGAUAUCGUUUAAAACCAAAGAAUCUGAUAUAGCAACAGAAGUAUUCAGCCAGAUAAAUGUACAGGAUUGGAAAUUAACAUGGGGAUCGCCUGACGACUGCACCACUAUUACGGGAUCAUUAUAUGCUAGAAUAAAAUACGCACUAUUAACGACGAAAACUUCCCCAUACAAGAGUGUAUUUUACAAUCCACCUGGAAUUCCGCCCCAGGUAACCAAUCUGGAUGUCUAUGAGACUGAUACUCGUGAAGAUCAAAAAGUCGUAUAUUUGAGAUGGCAGGAGCCAAUUCCACCUCUCAACGGAACAUUACGUAGUUAUAGCAUCCUAUUAUGUACCAUACAUGAAUGCUCUUCUACAGAAGUUCCAUUGACUAAUAGCUGCAAAUUAUGGAAUGAUUACAUUUGCGGAUCUGCUAAAUUUAAAAUCAAGAAUCCUACAAUUGCAGUUGUCGCACAUAAUCAGGAUGUUCGUGAUCCAGGUCCUCCGUUUACAGUAUCUAAGGAAAAGCUUAAUAAUCAAAUUCCAGAAGAACCUGCUAAUUUCACUGUACUACCAUAUAAUAAAGGCAUUGUAGAUUUAUACUGGAAGCAUCCUUGGAAAACGGGUAGCCGUCUCGAUCAUUUCUAUAUCAUGAUAAUACCGCUUUCCACAAAUCUGGUAAAGUUUCUGGAAAGAAAUUGGCGACCUUACAAUUCGUCCAUUAAUGUUACGGUGACAAAUUAUAUGCGCGAAUAUACGAAACGAUUAUACCUGCACCCUUCAACGCAAUACCACAUCUUCAUUAAAGCUGUAACAGUUUUGGGGAUGUCUAGCACAGUACAAUACAAGGAAUUCAAAACACCUUCCAGCUUAAAGUUCAGCGGUCCUCUAAAAUAUGUAAUGCACGAUUCAAUGAUUUCAUUAAAUAUUCCGCGUAUUGUAAACUAUACAAAGGACAGCACAAUACACGUCAUAGUAAAAGGACCAUUGGGACCCAAUGGUUGCAAAGGAUAUUUGAGAGUACCUGAAGAUCUGCAAGCUAUAGCAGACAUAGACGUGUCCCAUGUCGCUUGGGAAGCCGCUGAAAUUUCGAGUCAACAAGAUCUUAACAAAUCAUUUACGAUCGGCAACAAUAAAAUGUAUGGCAGAGCCAAGAAUUGCCAAUUGCAACUUAAGGAAUCGUACGACAUAACGGUUAUCGUAACUGAGAUAGAAAAUUCACUUAUUGAUCCGAUCAUGCUCAUAACAGUUCUCAACGGUGAGAUUUCAUCACAACCACAUCAUGAAGCAUGGCUCAUACCUGUAAUAUUAAUUCUUAUCGUGGCAGCCGUGUUACUUUAUUUGUAUCGCAGAAAAAGACAGACAGCGAUUAAAUUGAUACUGCAUAACGAGAUACCCUUAUCUAGUAACAUCGAGGAUUAUGAGCACGAAAGACAUUUUGUAAUAUCAAAUUCGAAACAGAGUCUCUCAACUCUUUCCGACAGGCAAUCGCGAGUAACUUCAUAUCAUCAUUAUGAAGAGAUAAAGGAAAUAACAUGGAUAGUGAAAGUAAAAGAUUUCGACAAUUUUGUUAAACAGGCAAUAGAAACAGGAUUGCUGAAUCAGCAAUGCGAGAAGUUACCAAAACGACACACUCAAUCAUGUGUUCAUGGUAAGCUUCCACAGAAUAUAAUAAAAAAUCGAUGCGAGAAUCUUGUUCCAAAUGACGAUACGCGCGUUGUGCUGAAGCAACUUCCGAGCGAUCCUCAUUCCGAUUAUAUCAAUGCCAAUUACAUCACCGGCUAUAGGAAGAAGAAACAUUACAUAGCCACUUAAGGACCCAAACCCAACACGGUUAUCGAUUUCUGGCGCAUGAUUUGGCAAGAAAAUGUUCUAAUUAUUUGUAUGCUGACAAUGUAAUUGAAAUGGAAGACUAAGUGCGAGCAAUAUUGGCCAGAUAUCGGCAAUAAGAAGAAAUACGGUAAUAUUAUUGUGCUGAAUGCGAAGCAACAUGUCUCAGCCGAUUAUUGCUUCAGAACUUUCCAAAUUACUUACGGAAGAGAAACGCGGAAGGUGGAACAUCUGCAUUAUACGGCCUGGCCGGAUCGUGGUGUACCAUUGUACACACACUCCAUAGUAACGUAUCUGAAAAAAUUAUUGGCAACUCCGCCUGGUAAUGGCUCUGUGGUAGUCCAUUGUAGCACAGGCGUCGGCAGAACUGGAGUCAUCAUUCUGUGCGACAUUUGUCUUCGUCAAGCAGCGGCUGAAGGAGUGGUCGACAUUUUUGCCAAAACGGUAUCCAUUAGAAGCGAGAGAGCUAAUAUAAUUCACAGUAAGCAACAGUACUUAUUAGCACAUUUGGUGUUGAUGGAAUGUUUACUUUCCAUGCCGACCACGUUACCGUGCAAUAAGAUGUUGCCAAAGCAAAUCCAAGAGUUGAAAAAACAAUUACCAGAGCAACAACAAAGAUUACAAAAUACUGCAUGGCAAGACGAAGCUCUGCAACCGAUCCCGUUGGCACCGCCAUUGUCGGAGUGUAAUCGUAAAAAGAACAGAUUUCCGGAAUUGAUUUCAGAUAAGAUUAGCAGAAUAUAUUUGACGAGAUAUCCAGCAUCAGACGAGGACAGCGAUUAUCUAUCUGCUGUUUACGUAGACGGAGUAAAACUUCAGAAACAAUAUUUAGCCACCCAACUGCCCAUGCCAUCAACUAUUAGAUUUUGGCGUAUGGUUGCCGAAUUCAGUGAACUCAUUCUCAUGCUGCAAUUCCCCGAUCCUCAGGAUCCUACUUGCUGUGCAAUCGCUCCUGCGAGCGGCGAGUUUAAACCAACACCAUAUUUAAAGAUUAUAGCGAAGGAAACAAUGAAAUUUAAGUAUUAUAUGUCACAAAAAUUGUUACUUGUUGACAACUCCGAGAAACUAUCGAGGGAACGAUCCGUGACUAUACUUUGUCUAACAGAAUGGGAACCCGGAAGGAAUCAACCCGCCAUCGUCAUGACGAUGGUGAUGUUUUGGCAAGCUGCAGAAAGAACGAGAGGCGAUGGACCUACUGUCACACUUUGCCAUGACGGAGUGACUGGAUGCGGUCUUUAUUUAGCGUUGAGUUUUCUGUUAGAACGAAUGGCGGUCGAGAAGGAAUUCGAUGUUUGUUCGGCAGUGCGUGCUGUUAGACGAUCAAGACCAUAUUUUGUAGAAUCUUUGGAACAUUUAGAAUAUCUAUAUGAUGCUGCAAUGGCAUAUUUGGAGCUCUUUCAAACUUAUGCAAAUUUUUCGUGAGAUAACAAUAAUUUGCCUAUAUGAAAUAAUAUGAAAUAAUUUUGUAUACUAUAUGCUCUCUAAUGAUAUUCAAUAUUAAUGUUAACACUGAACCUAUCACGCCAGUCAAAUGACCGGUUUUAAACUUUAAAAAUUUUAAAUUACAUUAAAAAUUUUUCUACUGAACAGGAAUUUAUGAAUUCAACAGAAAUUUCAAUGUGCUGGUCAUUUGCUUCACUCUCGUCUUCAAAACCUGACAACAGUCUCAUUCACUUUUGUCCUACAUAUAUUGAUAAUGUUCGGUAGAAAUAAGUAUAUAAAUUGUCGAUAGGUUUAGUGUUAAUAUUAUUAGAAAUAAAUUGUAUUAUGUUAUCAUAGUUUAUUAAAAAAAGUCAAAGACAACAGCCAUAUUUAUAAUAAUUGAUAUGCACGUUUAGUAAUAAGAGAAAUAGACUCAUUUUGUAUUGAAUUUUGUAAAAAUGUGUUAUUCCGCAAUCUAAAAUUUCGUA